UCGUAGGACCUUUUACCAUGGACUUUUACUAUCAUCCUUGCUCGGCUCCUUGCCGUUCCGUCAUAAUGACAGCCAAGGCUCUGGGCGUUGAAUUAAACAUGAAGCUAUUGAAUGUCAUGGACGGGGAGCAACUGAAGCCAGAGUUUGUGCAGCUUAAUCCCCAGCACACCAUUCCAACUCUGGUGGACAAUGGGUUCUCAAUCUGGGAAUCACGUGCUAUUUUGAUUUACUUGGUGGAGAAGUAUGGCCAAGAUGACUCGCUAUACCCAAGCGAUCCAGAGAAAAAGGCUGUGGUCAAUCAGAGGCUCUACUUUGACAUGGGCACCUUGUUCCAGAGUUUCAUUGAGGGCAUCUAUCCCCAGAUACGACACAAGCAGUCAGCCAAUCCUGAGGCAAUGGAGAAAGUGGACAAAGCCUUUGCAUUCCUGGAUACCUUCCUGGAGGAUCAGGAUUAUGUGGCUGGUGACUGCCUUACUGUGGCUGACAUUGCAUUCCUGGCUUCAGUUUCAACCUUUGAAGUGGUGGACUUCGACAUUAGCCAGUAUCCAAAUGUCGCCAGAUGGUAUGAGAAUGCCAAGGAAGUUACACCCGGAUGGGAGGAGAACUGGGAGGGUGUCGAGAUGAUCAAGAAGUUCAUCCAGAAAGAGUAAUUAAAUAUUUUUAUAAUAACAGCUUAUAAUACCUCA